AUAUUUCAUAAUUUUCAUAUUUUAAGACUUUCAAGGUAUGCAUAUAAUUUAUUUUUUGCCUCAGCCGGAAUGUUAAGAUCUUUAGUAAUAUUUUUUAAAUUUGGACUAUACGAAUUAUUUAUUUUUACACUAUUUUCUGUGUUAUUUAUUUCUUUUGCUUGAGGUAAGGAUAUUGCUAUAGAAGGUUUAAGAGGUUACCAUAAUUUUUUCGUUAUAGACGGGUUUAAAUUCGGAGUAAUUUUAUUUGUGUUUAGGGAGUUUAUAUUCUUCUUUUGUAUUUUUUGAACAUUUUUUGAUGCUGCUCUAGUACCAGUACACGAGUUGGGAGAGACUUGAUCACCUUUUGGAAUGCACUUAGUUAAUCCAUUUGGUGUACCGUUAUUAAAUACAAUUAUUUUAUUAAGGAGUGGUGUUACAGUAACUUGAGCACAUCACAGAUUACUUAGAAAUAAAAGAUGUACUAAUAGUAUAAUUUUAACAUGUUUAUUGGCAGCUUAUUUUACAGGAAUUCAAUUAAUAGAGUAUAUAGAAGCUAGAUUUUCUAUUGCAGACGGAGUAUUUGGAAGGAUUUUUUAUUUAUCUACGGGAUUUCACGGAAUUCAUGUCUUGUGUGGUGGUUUGUUCUUAGCAUUUAAUUUUUUACGUCUUCUAAAAAAUCAUUUUAAUUAUAAUCAUCAUCUGGGGUUGGAAUUUGCUAUUUUAUAUUGACAUUUUGUUGAUGUAGUGUGAUUAUUUUUAUUUGUGUUUGUUUAUUGAUGAUCUUACUAA